AUGACAAAAAAAAAAAAAAAAAAAAAAGAAAAAAACGAAAGAGAAAGAAGAAAAAUAUUCAUUAUUGAAUAUCUCAAAUGUAAUAAAGAAAAGUAUCAUUUCUUUAAUACAACAAUGAAUAUAAAAAAAAAAAAUAAUUGUGAUGAUAAUAAUGGUACCCUUGUUGGGAAUAAUAUAAAUAAUAAUAAAAAUAUUGUAUGUCAAAAUGCAAAAGAGAAAUCAUCUCUUUUGAAUCUGAAUAUACAUGGGGUAAAAAUUGAACAUGAAUGUUUAAUAAAUGAUGACAUAUUUAUAUCUACAAUUAAAGAAAAUGAAUUAAAUAAUAUACAUAUUAAUAAAACGUGUAGUUUACAAGAUGUGGAAUAUUAUAAUGUUCAUUUAAAAAAUAAAUUUGAAAAAAUAUAUAUUCAUUCACAUGAUAAUAAAAUGUUAAAUGUGGAUGAAGAAGGCGAAUAUAAUCGCAGCUUGAAUAUUAAUGGAAAUGAAAAUAUAAAUGAAAAUAUAAAUGUAAAUAUAAAUGUAAAUACAAAUGAAGGUGUAAAUGAAAGGAUACAUGAUGUAAGUCAUAAUUAUGAAGGAAACCUUCCCAAUAAUCAUAUAAAUAAUAAUAAUAAUAUUAUUAAUUCUUCAAAUGAAGAUAAUGAUGUACAUGUAAGCGUUCCCUCACAGAAUAAUCAUGUGCAAAAUAAAGAAGAAUGUCAACAAGAAGAAAGAACAAAUGAGGGUGUAAAUGAUAUAAAUAAUGAUGAUAAUACAAAUAGUAUAAAUAAUGAUGAUAAUACAAAUAAUAUAAAUAAUAACGACCAUACAAAUAGUAUAAACAAUAACGACAAUACAAAUAGUAUAAAUAAUAAUGACAAUAGAAAUAAUAAUAGUGAUGUGAGUGCUUCUUCGAAUGGAAGCCCAAGAGAAGGAGAAAAUGUAAAUAGUAGAGAGACAAACAAUAUGAAUAGUAGAGGAAUAAGUUUCAUAGAAAAUGGUCAUAGUAAUAUAUCUAAUGAAGAUGAUUUAAAUUAUUAUGUUAUUACUAUAAGAGAAAUAAGAAAUAAUGAUUUAAAUAGAAGAGAUGUAGAUAAUAUAAGUGUUGAAGACGAACAUAUAUAUUCAUUUACAAAAUGUUUUAUUAGUAAAAUAUUGGGUUAUGAUAUAAAACCUGAUUUAGAAGAAUAUAAUAUGAAUAAAAUAAUAAGAAGUAUUUUAUUUAUCUUAAUGUUAUUUAUUUUAUUUUGUACUGAAUUUCUUUUUGUUUAUAAUAAUUUAUUAAAAAUAAAAGUAGAUAGUAAAUUAGUAAUGAUUGAAUCUAAUUAUAAUUCAACUUUUGUAUCUAAUUUUUUAUAUCAGUUUAAUGAGAAUGAUUUAAAAAAAUCAUUAGUUACAGAAAAUAUAAUAAAAGAAGAAAUAACAAAAGGAAAUUUUAUGUUGUAUAAUAAUAUGUGUGUAAUUUUAAAUAAAUUAAAUAUUAAUUGUAAUAAUUUCUCAGAUUAUUAUAAAUUAAAUGAUAAUAAUGAUAAUACGGAACAUCUUAUAGAAAAAACUAUUAAAUUAUAUCAACAAUUAAAAAGUAAGGAUUUUUUUGUAUAUAAAAUGAAAGAAUCUAUAUUUUCUAAAUGUAAUGAUGUGUCCAAUAAAAAUUUAAAUAAUGAUGAUAAUUAUAUAUUUAUAUAUGUUUCUGAAAAGAAAAUAUUAAAAAUUAGUGUUUUAUUUUUAGUACUCACUAUAUUCUUUUUGUGCUUAAGAAUAGCAUUAAUAAUAUCAAGGAUCUUAUAUGAUAUCAUAUUAUUCAUAUAUAUGAAAGGAUUUAGAUUAUCAAUAGAAAGUAAAAAAAAAUAUCUAUCCAAAUAUAUAUGGUCAGUAUCUACUUUAUAUUUAUUAGAAAUUAUAUUAGGUGAUGAAUGUAUAGUAUGGUGGCUUCAUGAUAUUGAUCCAAUUUUUAGUUAUCACUUUCAAUAUUUUAUAUGGAUUAUAUCUUUCCUUAGUUUUGGAACCUUUAUUCUUCAUAAAAUUCUUAAAAUAUGUGCAUCUCGAUGGGAUAAUAUAAAUGAUAGAGUAAGUAUAAAUCAUCACAAUAAUAAUACAGAUCGUAAUACCUUAUUUGGUAAUUCUCUACAUAUGAACCCAUUAAAUGAAAACCCUGAAGCUAGGACUACUAGAGAUGAGAACCGUCAAAGUGUAAGCCUGAACAAUAAUAAUAAUAAUAAUAAUAAUAAUAAUAACAAUGUUUAUACUGAAUUUCCAAACAACAAUAACAAUAAUAUAAACUGCACUUCUAUAUCUCUUUCUUUAAAAUGUGUACACGACUUUCUCUAUGGAGCUAAUAUUAUGUUUGCAUGUAUUUUCUUAUUAUUGAAUUUGAGCAAGGUUCCAGUAAUUACCAUUAUAGUUACAUCUGUAGUUUUAUUUAUAGAUAUAUUAAAUGACACAUAUUUGGAACAGGUUCAAUUAACAGCCACAAUAACGAAUGCAACGUUUCAGAGGCCAAGACGAAAGAAAUUUUAUAUUAUUGAAAAUAAGAAAAAGAAAAGUUUUAAGAAUAUAUUUUUAAUGAGAAUAAAUGAACAUACCUAUCGAGACGUAACCGUAGAUACAAUAAAUAAAAAUGAUAAGAAAAAUAAGCUUAACAAUCAAAUACCUUUAAAUCAUAAGAAUAACAAUAAAUAUUGGGAUAAUAAAAAUGGUAUAUUUAAUAUACGUAAUAUUUUAAACAAAAAGUAUUUAAACAAAAAAAAAAAAAGUUUUAAAAAUACAGUAAAUAAAAAUAAUGAAAAUGAUAUACAAGAUGAAAUUAACAAUAAUAAUAAUAAUAAUAAUCUGCAGGAAAAUUAUGAACUUAAUAAUUCAAUUAUAUCAACAUAUGAAUAUUGUGAAAUAUGUGAUGAACGAAAUAAAAAUGUAGUAUUACACCCAUGUAUGCAUGGAGGUUUUUGUGAAGCAUGUAUUAGAUGUAUGAUAUUUAAUUCUUUAAAAUUAAAAGAUACAUAUCCUUGUUGUCCUUUAUGUAGAAAUCCUAUUGAAAAUGUUUAUAAAAUAUCUUAUGAAGAUGAUGAAAGAAAGGUUCAAGCUAAUAAUAUACUAACCAUCAAAAGAAAAUGA